UUCCGGCUCGCCUUCCCGCCGCCAUCGUCUCGUCUCCGCGCUGCCGCCGCCGCCGCCGCCGCCGCCGCCGCCAUGGGCUGGGAGGAGGUGCCUGUUCGGGGCUUCGCCGACUUCGACCGCGUCGCCCGUCAGGAGCUCCAGCGCCGCGGAGAGGGCCGCGUCUUCGCUUACUUCAGCGGCAACAAGGACCCUGCCAGCGGCGCCAGCUGGUGCCCGGACUGCGUCAAGGCGGAACCCAUUGUGAGGGCUGAACUCCCACAUCUGCCAGAGGGGUCUGUGUUCAUUUACUGCCAAGUAGGAGAUCGAACUUACUGGAAAGAUCCCAAUAAUGAAUUCAGAAAGAAACUUAAACUAACUGGAGUACCUACACUACUUAAAUAUGGAACUAUGCAAAAGUUGGUGGAAGAAGAGUGCUUUAAAGCAGAGCUUGUAAGGAUGCUGUUCACAGAAGACUGAGCUAUUUCUGCUUUAAUCUGGAUGCUGCUACCAGCUGAAUAGCUGUACAAUGUGCUUUAAUUUGGAAGGGGACCAUGAUCAUGUCUUAAAGUACAAGUAAAGGGGUUUGUGGCCUACAAAUCAA